AGUGGACUUGCGGACUGCGGUCCAGUUGUUGCGGACGCCGGUGGACCUGAGGCUCCGCUACGCCUUAGAUUAAGGACCUUACGUGUUUUGGUAGGAAUCCUUUGCCAUGACGGCUCAGGGCAGCCUGGUGGCCAACCGAGGCCGACGUUUCAAGUGGGCCAUUGAGCUGAGCGCGCCUGGAGGAGGCAGCAGGGGCCGAAGUGACCGGGGCGGUGGCCAGGGAGACUCGCUGUACCCAGUCGGUUACUUGGAUAAGCAAGUGCCUGAUACCAGCGUGCAAGAGACAGACCGGAUCCUGGUGGAGAAGCGCUGCUGGGACAUUGCCUUGGGUCCCCUCAAACAAAUUCCCAUGAACCUCUUCAUCAUGUACAUGGCAGGCAAUACCAUCUCCAUCUUUCCUACUAUGAUGGUGUGUAUGAUGGCGUGGCGACCCAUUCAGGCACUUAUGGCCAUUUCAGCCAAGGAUGGAGUUCAGUGGCGGAGGAUUGCUUUUGUGAACCUGAGAACGAAGCACCUGUUACCUAUGUAUUUGGAUCGCAUAUACAACCUUCUUUAUGCCCAGUGGCUCCUCCUCAGCAUAUCAACCCUUAACAUGAUCGCUCAUGCUGAAAAGAACCAAAAGCACUAUUUCCUCCAUGGUGGGGAGACACCAUAGAAAGAAUGUACUAUCACUACACACACAAAGAAGCUACCACAACCCUUGACUGAAAAUAAUGUAGAAAACUUUAUUUAUGUUUCCAGUAUAGAGCAAAACAACGAAUAAAACCAUAACUCUAUGUAAACAAAAGAAUGGUUGCUGCUAAAUCAAGAACCACAGCAGCAUCUCCUUUCAAUAAAUUACAUGGUCAAGAACAGUACUUUAAAAAAAUUGUACAUGUUUCCCUUAAAUCUAUUUUCUUUAAUAUUUCACUUCUAAUUAAUACAAGCUGGGACAUAAAUAUUCUGUUGGAGACACUUGUAGAAGAUGUGAGAAACUAAUGCUGGAUUCUGAUUAUACAUGAUAAAAUGAAAAAUAAACCAGACAAAAAGAGCAGAUAAA